AAUGGGUUUCUUUAUUUCAGAGCCCAGCUUGCCCUGCCAGAUGAAAGAUCUUCGGAGCGUCUCCUCAGUCCUCAUGGCCGCAAAAUAACUAAAACGGGGGGAAACGAAACUAGGUUUCAGCAACUGAAAAUCGAACUUCAAAUCCUAAUUCAAUGGCAGGUUCCACUGGUGGCACCGGUUCUUCCAGUCCCUCACCGGCCCCUCCGGCUCCUAAAAUUCUAUUGGCUAAGCCUGGACUGGUUACCGCUGGACCGGUGGUAGGUAAAUUUGGACGCGGCGGUGCCGAAGACGAAACGUUGCCACAUCGGUCUCGUCUGCCUGCAAUUGGGUCUCUCAAUAUCCUCUCUGAUUCCUGGGAAUUCCACAUCGAUCGCUUUCUCCCUUUUCUGACUGAGAAUAUAGAUUUCACUGUGAUUGGGGUAAUUGGACCACCUGGGGUUGGCAAGUCCACCAUCAUGAAUGAGCUGUAUGGUUUUGAUGCGGGUUCACCCGAAUGCAGGAAUGUUGCCACCAUUUAGUAUACAGUCAGAAGAUAACAGAGCAAUGGCAAGACAUUGCAGGGUAGGCAUGAACCAAGGAUAUUUGCUGAGCGGCUUAUACUUCUAGAUACCCAGGCUUUUGCUUAUUACCUUUUUUUUUGAACUUUGUACCUUUUCUUUGUUUUAGAGCAUCCACAUGAGAUGUUUCACUCUUAUCAUGGUAUGCAUUUUUUUUUCCUGAGAUGAUGUUAUUAUGUGGAAUGUUACAUGUCCAUUUAAAGUCAUUGUAUAUAGAUCUUCCAUGCAAUAAUUAUGCAAUAUGUACAUCAAGGCCGACAGAACCAUAUAUUUGUACUAUUAAGCCUAAAUGAUGAUGAAUUGGUGAGAUGGGCCUUUACUCGUUAUUAUGUUGAAAAAAAAAAAAUCUAGCUGGAACAAGGAACAUACCAUCCAUAACUUCUUUGCAGAAAACUUUGUAUAUUUUAACUUGCCCAAACAUAUAAAAACAGUAGUUCAAUUGAAAUCUAGUCUUCCAAUUGAUGAUCAUUGUUUUGACACCAAACUUAAGGAUAUAUAUGCUAUUUUGUCUAUCACUUCAGUGACAUUUUAUUCUCAUUGUUAGUUUAUUUUAUUUUUUGAGCUUUAUUGACUUAUUAUGCAUUUUUCUUCCUUUCAAUUUUG